CUACAACACAAUCUCCUCUCCUUCCUGCUAAUGCUCAACUCUACUAAUCCACUCCUUCUCCCUUCUCUCUCUCUUCACUUCUUCUUCAUCCAUCCAUGGAAGUUAACAUCUCUCUCAACCACCACCACCACCACCGUCACCCUCUCCGAUUAACCACCACCACCUCUUCUCUCUCAAUAUGCACUCCCCGCACCCUCUUUCUCGGCUGCGCCCACAGUCUCCGCCCACCGUCACACACCGGAGGUCUCUCCCUUCGCUCCAGAACCAAACGCAACAAGCUAGCUCUUCUCUCCCCUCGCUUCGUCUUCAAAGCCUCCUUCCACUCUCACUCCCUCAUCGUCAUCGUCGUCGUUGUCACCGUCUCUGCCGUUUCCCUCCUCCGCCACUUCAGAAACAAGACUCUCAACCAGACACGGGGACAAGCCAAAUUCGCGCUAUCGCCGCAGGGGAGUAAUGUUGGGAACCAGGUCAUUGAUGAAGUCCAGAUUCUUGGUUUUCCGGAAUUUCAGAGGGAUAGCCCGCGGAGUGAAAUUGGCAAGUUGAAGGAUCACAAUGGGGAGGAGAACAGUGUUUUUGAGGACCAAGAUGUCCACCUUCCGUUUUUGAAGUCUUCAAUGGUGCAGGAAGCGACUUUGGUGAAUGAGGCAUCAGAGUCAUCUUCGUCUGCUCUUGUGCCGCCUAGUUUCGAUAAUAAUGGUUCCGAGGUGUUGGAUGACUCGUUUAUGUCUGUGGCUUUCCAAUCAAGUUCAUUACAGCCUCUAGCUUUUGCUGAGGAAAUGGCACUACAAGUAGAAGAAAGUCAAGAUAAGGUUGACUCGGAUCCUGAGUUGCCUUUAAAUAUGGUCGAAUCUGAGCAUACUGCUUCUUCUGAUCAUGUAAACAAUGCACUCACGACAAUCGAUGAACACGUUGAAGAAAAAAUUGAACUUGGUGCCAUCAGCACUGAUGCCCUUUUUGGUGAUUCAGUUAGGGAAGGGCUGUACAUGUUUUAUGAGGAUAACAACUCCGUGACCGGCUCUAUGACACCACUUAGUAGUUUAAAGUCAUUAUCUCCUCAUACUUCUUUUAUGACUAGAAAAGGAUUGCAAUCAGCAACAGGAAACACCACCCUAAAUGGUUCAGGAUUAUCUAAAGAUGUUUCUCUACAUAGUUCAGAGCAUGUUGAAGGAGGAGUUAAAUUUUCCGGUCAUAAAGAAGGCUACCCUCUACAUCAUGUAAGUCAAAACGUGAGGAAAGGCAGCAGAUCCCUGAGAGUCAGGGAAAAGAAAUAUAUGGAUCAUAAUAGUAACAGAGUUUUGCCCCAGAAUGGCCACACAAUCAGGGUGCAUGUUGAUCAGGAAACUGAUAAAACCACGUUCCAUGACAGUCAGAAAAUUGAUCAUUCAGAGCUUCUAAGCAGAUAUAAUAAUUUGCUUAAAGUUGGGAGGUUAAAUGAAUGUGUAGAAUUGCUUAAAGAUAUGGAAACGAAGGGUUUAUUAGAUAUGACUAAGGUUUAUCAUGCCAAGUUUUUCAACAUAUGCAAGAAACAAAAAGUUGUUAAAGAAGCUUUUGAUUACAUUAGGCUUAUUCCAAAUCCAACACUGAGUACAUUUAAUAUGCUUAUGUCAGUUUGCGCAAGUUCCCAAGAUUCAGAAGGGGCUUUCCAAGUUAUGAGGCUUCUGAAGGAUGCUAGACUAGAACCUGACUGCAAACUUUAUACCACUCUGAUAUCAACGUGUGCCAAGAGUGGGAAAGUUGAUCUAAUGUUUGAAGUGUUUCACAAGAUGGUUAAUACUGGAGUGGAGGCUAAUGUUCUUACCUAUGGGGCACUUAUUGAUGGUUGUGCAAGAGCUGGGCAAGUAGCUAAAGCAUUUGGUGCUUAUGGGAUAAUGAGGUCAAAGAAUGUGAAGCCAGAUCGCGUUGUAUUCAAUGCACUUAUAGCUGCAUGUGCACAAUCAGGAGCUGUGGAUCGUGCUUUUGAUGUGUUAGAAGAAAUGGAAACUGAAAUACAGCCCAUUGAACCUGAUCACAUUACUUUUGGUGCAUUGAUGAAGGCAUGCACAAAUGCUGGUCAGGUUGAACGAGCACAAGAAGUGUAUAACAUGAUGCAAAAAUAUAACAUAAAGGGGUCUCCAGAAGUUUAUACUAUUGCCAUUAACUCUUGCAGCCAAACUGGAGAUUGGGAAUUCGCAUGUAGCAUAUACAAUGACAUGACCCAGAAAGGGGUGCUCCCUGAUGAGAUGCUUCUGAGUGCACUAAUAGAUGUUGCUGGACAUGCUAAAAAGCUGGAUGCUGCCUUCGAUAUACUACAAGAAGCCCGUAAAGGAGGAAAAUGUAUUGGAAUAAUGGCAUAUAGCUCAUUGAUGGGCGCCUGUAGCAAGGCAGGAAAUUGGCAGAAAGCUCAGGAGCUAUACGAGUAUCUUAGAUCUCUUAAAUUGGUGCAGUCAGUUUCAACAGUAAAUGCUUUGAUCACUGCACUUUGUGAUGGGAAUCAAUUUCAUAAGGCUUUGAAGGUUUUGUCAGAAAUGAAAGGACUAGGAUUGUGCCCAAACAGUAUCACGUUCUCAAUACUUAUAGUCGCAAGUGAGAAGGAGGACGAUAUAGAAGCAGCUCAAACGCUUCUUUCUCAAGCCAAAAAGGAGGGCACAGCCCCUAAUCUCAUUAUGUCUCGAUGCAUAGUUGGAAUGUGCCUGCGGAGAUUUCAGAGGGCUUGCUUUAUUGGUGAACCUGUUUUAUCUUUUGACUCAGGACAGCCACAAGUUAAUAAUAAAUGGACUUCACUGGCUUUAACGGUGUAUCGUGAAACAAUUGGAGCUGGUGAAAAGCCUACAAGUGAAAUAUUGUCACAAAUCUUGGGAUGCCUGCAACUCCCUUGUGAUACAUCUGUGAGAAGUAGACUUGUUGAGAACCUGGGAGUCAGACUCAGCGACGAAGAUUCCGGAAGCUCAAACCUCUGUUCAUUGGUGAAUGGAUUUGGUGAAUAUGAUCCUCGUUCAUUUUCAAUACUUGAGGAAGCUGCUUCACAUGGAGUUGUUCCAUCUGUAUCAUUUAAAGUGAAUCCUAUUGUUAUCGAUGCCAAAGAGUUGCAUGCAUUUACGGCUGAGGUAUACCUCUUAACUGUUUUGAAAGGUCUCAAGUAUCGGCUAGCAGCAGGUGCAAGAUUACCCAACAUAAUCGUUUUAUUACCUGUAGAAAAAAUGCAAGCUUCAUCUCCCAAGGGGGAAAAGAUUAUUAACGUUGCAGGAAGACUUGGCCAAGAAGUUGCAGCUUUAUUUAGGAGGCUUCAUAUUCCUUACAUGGGUCACGAAUCGUAUGGGAAACUUAGAAUUAAUGGUCUAGCUCUGACAAAAUGGUUUCAGCCGAAACUUGAAUCAUCUGCAUUCAGGGGAAAACCAGAUAACUGGAACUCAUCCCCAUCGCGACUGGGUAGGAGGAUUAGCCGUCAGCAGCGAGACAUUCGAACUGGCAAUCUAUCUUUGGACUGAGUAUACAUGCACUGAUUACCAGCGGAAUAUAAUACAAGCUUCUACUUUUUCAGUUUGGAAUAGAAGUUGAAAUCUCCUUCAUCCUAAUGGUAUAUUAGAAGAGUGAUUUAGACCCAAGAAAGCAGAUAAUGCAUUCUUGAGUGCUGAGGCCAUUGAAAGCCAAGAGCAGGGACAUCUCAGCCUGAAGAAAAGGUCAUACCAGGGAUUGAAACUAAGAUGACACAUAUGACAGAUCUCAGUUUUUGUAAUUACUUGCAGCUACGUGGCCUUUGCAAUGCGGAUUAUAUAAAUUUAUGAUGAUAGAGAUGCAGAUAUAAAUGUAUGUUGAAGCCAGAACUUUCUUGAUGUAACUAAAAAUAAUCAAAUUAUAAAAAAUCAGAUGAUUUUGAUAAUAUUCACUAUAA